AUGAUGACGCCGGUGAUACCGACGUAUUCCUCUCAGACAAACGCGCAGGGAGACCGAUCGUUGGCUGUUGGCCGAUUCCCGGACAGACUCGAGCUCUUGCGCCCCUCUCUUGACAACAAUCUCGUCUCGUACUCGGUCACCACGGAGUCACUGUCGGGAAAUUACACCUUUGCCGCUUCUGAUGUUCUAGCUACAAUCUCACAGAGAUGGCUGGGCGAAUUCAUGCGCAUGUAUCCGAACGUCACGUUCAAUAUCCAUGCGCCAUACGCUGGGUCAUUGGGUGCUUUGGAGCUCGUAAAGGGAAACCUCCAAGGUGUCUUUGUGUCCCGAGAGCUCAAGCCCACCGACGUCAGCGGUUUCAAGGAUGCAUUUGGCUACGAUCCAACGUCUGUCCCUAUUGCAGGCGGCUCGUACAGGCAGUUUGGGUUCCUAGAUGCCAUUUCUUUCAUUACCCACAAAGACAACCCGAUUGAGAGUUUGAGCUUCAAGCAGCUCGACUCAAUCUUCAGUUCCACGCGCAAUUGUGGGGGCAAUUCUAUUGGGAAGUGGGGGGAUGUAGGUGUCAACGGAACGCUCGCCGACAAAGACAUCAGCAUCUAUGGAAUCACACCGUGGAAUGGAUUUGAGGAAUUCGUCCGCCAGAAAGUUCUGAGAUGUGGUGGAAAGCGAGGAGAAUGGCGUUCCGGCGAAGAUACAAACACUACGAAAAAAGACCCUCACGUCACCUGGGAGGAAACCGUCUUCAACAUUUCUCGCCUCGUUUCCGAAGAUCCCACCGCCAUUGGAUACACGGGACUUGCCUACGUGGACAGCCCUGUUAAAGUGCUGGGUGUAUCUACGACUGACGAUGGCCCAGUCAUUGCACCCACAUAUGAGAAUGUUGCCCUUGCAGGCUGGCCCUUGUCGCGGGUCAUCUAUUUCAACACUAACACUGACCCCAAGACUAGAAUGGACCCGGUGCUAAGGGAGCUCCAGAAGUUUGUCAUUUCUAAGGAGGGCCAGAAGCUCCUGCUCGAUCAGGGAGUGUUCUUACCGCUGAGGAAGUUCCAGCAGGAAAGCAGUAGCAAGAUGCUAAGUUAG